AUGGCAGAGAAAGUGUCUUCGGGCGUCGCCGCCAGUGGCCUCGGCAAUUUUUUCCAGCGCUUCCAGGGCCUGCAGAGCCACAGAAAUGCAAUGGACGACCUCAUCAGGGACCUCUUGAUACACUGCAACCAGGUCGAGAGUGACCUGCGCGAGGAGAGCCAGCGGCUGGUCAGCGCGCACAUUGACCUCGCCAACGCGGUAAAUGCCGGCAGGGAGCUGCAGCAGCUUGUCGAGUUUUAUGAAGAGCAGGAAGAGAGGACGCAGGAGAGGACGUUGAAGGAAAUCGAAAAGGUCAAGAAACACAAUUCUUAUGUCAUGGUUUUGAUAGACGGCGAUGGCCUUGUGUUUCGAGAAACAUAUAUCAAACAGGGCCUUGAGGGCGGCAAAAAGGCUGCCUACGCCUUACGAUCUGCCGUGGCCGAGAUCUUCGGCGAGGAUGCCGAGGACCUUGAAAUCGUGGCCAAGGUUGUCGCCAACCUCUCCGGCCUGGGCAAGGCCAUGCAGCGAGAUGGCUGCUUAGACAAUCCAAGCCUGCUCAAGGACUUUACGCUCGGCUUCACCCAGGCCAAGGCCAGUUUUGAUUACAUCGAUGUCGGCCAUGGAAAGGAGAGGGCCGACUCCAAGAUUAGAGCCAGAUGGCAUCUGCGAAAUCACAACUGUCGGCAUAUCCUGCUGGGGAUCUCGCACGACUCGGGCUACGCCCCUUUCCUGGACGAAACCCUUCAGAGCGAGGCCACUCGACAGAGGAUCAGCAUCAUCGAGGGCGUCGCGACGGUGCCCGACCUUCGGGCCACCAACGUUAGCAUAAAGAGACUGGGGCACGAGCUGUUCCGCGAAGACAAGCUUCUCGACAAGAUUUCCUCGCCUCGUCAGCACUCAAUUUCAUCAGUCAGCGGCCAACCAGUUCAGGCUGCUCAACCUGCUCCAGCGCCUCAACCGGUUGCAAAGGAGGCUUCUUCUCCCGUGGCAAGCCCUGCCGUUAGCACCGCCAGCUCCAAAGAGACUCGCACGCCAGUCGUAUCGUACGCCGGCAUCGCCUCCGCCAGCCCACCGCCCAAGAUUACGCUCCCGCUCGCACGAAAGCAGACCAGCGGAUCGGACACUUCGCGGAAUAGGGGCUCGCAGCGCUCGCAGCAGGAAGGACACUAUAUACUGAUUCCGCCGAGCCAGCCACAGAAUUGGAACCCUGGCCCUCGCGGCCUCGACGAGCCUAUCCGGGUCAAUGUCCAGGUGCUCGAGGCGAUCAAGAAGCGAAAAGAGGACAAGCUUUGCAACAACCACUACCUCCGAGGCCCUUGUGCCAAGAGGGACACUUGCUCGUUUGUUCACGACCAUAAGAUUACCGAUGACGAAAUGAAGGCGGUUGCCGUUUUGGCGCGCCAGAACCCUUGCUCGUCUGGUCAGUAUUGUGAAGCGGAUGACUGCAUAUAUGGCCACCAUUGCCCUAGCAUCAGGAAUGGCGUCUGCCAACACUUUCAUUGCAGAUUCUCAGAGGAGGCCCAUCCUCCGGGAACGGAAUAUAAAGGUGUCUUUUAA